AUGGCGGUUUUUGAACAAGAUCCUGAUCCUAUCGUCACUCGGUUGGUGAAUGAAGACACUGUGCCUUGGUAUAGGAAGCGAUAUCUGAGGAGUCUAUACUUCGUUCUAUUUCCUGCCUGUAUGGGAAUCGAGAUGACUUCGGGCUUCGACUCUCAACUGAUCAAUGCGCUUCAAUUUAUACCUCCAUUUAAUACAUAUUUCGGUGAUGGAUAUAUCGAUCCCACAACCGGCCAACUUGGCAUCAACCCUCCACUCCUCGGUAUCAUCAACGCCUCAUAUUCUCUAGGCGCAAUAUUUGCUGUUCCGGUUGCCCCAUACUUCAACCAGCUGGUAGGAAGGCGUUGGGCAAUCAUGUCAGGAUCCGUAUCUAUGGUUAUUGGUGCUCUUUUGCAGGGGUUUGCACAACAUGUUGCUAUGUACAUCAUCGCUCGAAUGCUAUUAGGUUUUGGAAUAGUAUUCGCGAUCAUCUCAGGGUCCGCUCUUAUUGGAGAAUUGGCGUACCCCAAAGAACGACCAAUCAUGACCUCGCUCUUCAGCGCAUCCUACUUCUUUGGGGCAAUAAUAGCAGCAGCUAUCUCGUUACGCACUGCUGAAAUGAGUGGGAACUGGGCAUGGAGAAUACCUUCCUUACUCCAGUGCUUCCCAUCAAUUUUACAAAUACUCUUCGUCUUCAUUUCGUCUACUGACUCUCCUAGCUGGCUACCAGAAAGUCCUCGGUACCUUAUCAGCAAAGACCGAGACGAAGAAGCUUUUGAGAUCCUGGUCAAGUACCACGCCGAAGGCGAUAGAGACUCUAUUUUCGUCCGGGCAGAGAUGAUUGAGAUCAAAACGACCCUCAAACUCGAGCAGGAGAUCUCGAAACAGACCUGGAUCGACAUGCUUAGGACGUCUGGCAUGCGUCGACGGGUAUUUAUUGCUUCUAUGAUGGGUCUGUUCACCCAGUGGUCUGGAAAUACCUUGAUCUCGUAUUACCUCUCUACUAUCCUCGAUAUGAUUGGCUAUAACACCACUUAUGCGAAAACCAGAAUCAACAUCUCAAAUCAAUGCUGGUCCCUGGUUUCCGCCGGAAUCGCUGCAUUGACAGUAACCCGCUUUCCUCGCCGGCGCAUGUUCCUCCUCGGCACCAUCAGCAUGCUCCUCGUUUUCAUCGGCUGGACCGUCUCAAUGGAGAGAGUCCUCUCGGCCAACGCAAAAAGCAUGACGAACAAUUCUGCCGCCAUCGCAGUCUUAUUCUUCAUCUACGCCUAUUCACCAUGUUACAACAUCGGGAAUAAUGCUUUGACCUACACAUACCUCAUAGAAAUCUUUCCCUUCGCAGAACGUUCGCGCGGUAUUGCAAUCGAGCAAUUCUUCGGCCGCGGCGCCGCUUUCUUCUCUACUUACGUGAACCCCAUCGCGCUCAAAGCCAUAACAUGGAAAUACCUCGCUGUGUACUGUGGCUGGAUCUUUGUCGAGUUUUGUUUCGUGUGGUUUCUGUAUCCGGAGACGUAUCGGAGGACGUUGGAGGAACUGGCGUUUUUAUUCGAAGACGCAUCACUUUCGGAAAAUGUAGCAUCGGCGGUGGAGAAACAGAUCCAUUUCGGCGAAAAUGGAGUAGAGUAUCAUCCUGGGAAGAGAAGUUUUAUGCACCUGGAGACGCUGCCUGCGUAUAUGGACGAGAGAUCGGCUUGGAGCGAUUGA